GCGCGCGCUGCGUCGGGCGGUGAAACAGGGCCCAGAUAUAUACAGAAUUUUGCCUAGCCGGGGAAAAGGAAACAGUUGCUCGCAUCAGCAUGAGUAGAUUGCAAGCAAUGGGGAGGCCGGGCCGUAUAGAGCAAUGGUAAGGGCUUGGACACUGAAGGUGGUUCCACAGUUUUUCCAUGGUCCAGUCAGAGUGUUGAGGAGUGCCUUUGGCCAGUGCACAGACCACCUCCAUCUCCAUGGGAGAAUCAGAUAUCACAGCUGAGUGCGUCUCUGCUCUCUCCUCCUGUCUGUCCCACUAUGACGGCACACCUGUCUGUGAGGCCCGCACCUCACCUGUCUGUGAACUGCUGGAGAAGGCGGCGCUGCGGCUGACGGACACGGAUCCGGCGCUGGCUCAGCCGAGCGCCGCCGACCUGCUGGCGCCGGCCGCCGACCUGCUGCGGCUGCACCUGGCCUGCCACGGCACGGCCCGGGUGGCUGCCCGGCCCGGCCGCGAGUGGCCCGUCAAUGUGGACGUGAGCGGCGAGCGCGUGCGGCUGGUGCCGCGGCCGGAGAGGCGCGCGCACACCGCCUACACCACCGAGCCGGUGCUGGAGUGGCACCAGGUGCUGGCCGUGCGGCCGGCGCCGGCGGCCGGCUCGACCAGCACCGAGAAGGGUGGCAGUACCUCCAAGACCACUGGCAGCCAUGAGGCAAAGUCCCCAAGAUGUGCCGACUCGACCGCCGCCACCAGGGCUUCCGCCGCAUCCGAUGUGGCCACACCAGUGGCAAAUUUCAGUCGUGGCCUGCGGCUGCUGCGGGAGAAAUACAAACUCGGUGCACCUAGCCCGUCACCCGAGACACGCAGCUCGCCGGGGAAUCGCCCGGAAAGCACCAGUGACGUCACCACGCCUAAAAGUAGCGGUAAACAGGCAUCCAGAGCCAAUCUUUCGACCCGGUCAGCCACCAACCUCACCCUCGCCCCAACUCCUGAACUAAAAGCAACAACCAAGAGAGUGUCGUUCGGGUCGGGAUGCGGCAGUCCUGCUGGGUCGGGACCCGCUGCGAACUCCCGCGCCCGCUCCCGCAGUCGGUCGCGGAAUCAACCUGCCGAUCUGCUCAGCCGACGCGGCCGCUCGGCCAGCCUGGCUGCCGGCAGGGCCAGGGGCGUGCCGAACAGGGUACCGCGUGCCCGUGCCACCCCCGAGCCGCCGCCGCCGCCGCCGCCGCGUCUGGUGCGGGCGGUGAGCGUGGCGGCCGGCGGAGACCUCUGGUGCACCACCUCUGCCGACUGGGAGCACCAGCUGAGGACCAUCAGCGCGCGCGCAGAGGCCGCCACCGCCGCCGCCGCCGACAAACGGCCCGAGACACUGCUCUACGGACAGCUGGUUAUCCACCAUAACUGCGUGCUGCCCGAGCUGCCGCGCUUUGUUCGCUGUCUGAGCCUGCAGCGGCGCGCCGCCGAGCCGGUGCUGGUGUGGCUGUGUGACGCGGCGCGCGCGCUGCUCGUGCCGCGCUGCACACUGCUGUCGGCCUGCAGUGACGGCCUGCAGCUGUACCGGCAGCCGCCGCUGCUGGUCCUCCUCACCGGCAAACGCCUGCCUCUGGUCGUGCCAGCGCGUCUGGUGGCCGCCUGUCUGUCGCUGCUGGCCGGCAGCCUGCCGUGGCUGACGGCUCCGGAGCCGGCGCGCCGCCUGGCCCACUCGGGGCUGGCCGUGCUGGCCGCCGAGGUUGGCUCACCGGAGGCGCUGGAGCUGCUCACCAGGAUGGCGCGCCACCCGGCCACGGCGCCGCCGCUGCGCGCCGCGGAGGUGGUCGCGCCGCUGGCAGACCUGGCCGGCGACCAGCUGGACCCGCCGGAGCCGGACGAGGCGCAGCUCUGCCGACUGGUGCGGCUGCUGCGGGCCGCCGUCGGCGCCGGGAUGAGCGACCCGGGCCGCAGCCUGCUGGCCGGCUCCCCGCUGCUGCACGGGCUGCUGCGGCUGGCGAAGGGUCCCCGUCUGGAGCUGGAGGUGCGCCGUCUGGUCAGUCGGCUGCAGGAGAACGAUACGCCGGCGGAGGGGCCGACCGGCCCGGCGGCCGCCUCCACGCCGAGACAGCUGCCGGCCGCGCCGGGGUCGGCCGGUCUGUCCCGCCGGGUGCGGCCGGCCGGUCCGCCGCGCCGCGCCCAGUCCUCCACCCCCGGUACACAGACCUCGGCGGCUGAUACCGCGAGGUCGGCCGGGGCCGCGGCGGCGCCCGCCCGGCCCCGACUGCCGGGAGCCAGUGCGGCGGCGGCGGCGGCAGUGGUGAGGAGACCGCCACCGCUGCUGCCCACUCCGCCCGAUCCGGCGCCGCCCGUGGCGCCCGGCCGGCUGGUACGUCUCAACGAGGAGGAACUGCGCGCCGACGGUGGCGCCGACGGGCGGCCGCCGCCCGAAACUGACGCGGCGCCCGCUCGGCCGCCGGCCUCGGUCAUCGAGUACCUGCGGCGCGGCCAGCGCUGUCGCCUGCGCACCAGCCUCUGCCUGCAGCUGGAGGACGUGAGGCGUGUACAGGACAUGGGGCAACAGCGGCUGGCCAUGCUUCUGUGCGGUCUGCUGAACGCGGGCGCCGGUGGCGCCAUCUACUACGGUGUGAGCGCCGACGGCCGGGUGAACGGGCUGCAGCUGGACGGCGGCCACCGGGACCGGCUGAGACUCGGCGUGGACAAGGUGGUGAGUCACCUGCUGGAGCCGGCAGUGCCGUCCGACUGCGUCCGGCUGCAGUUUGUUCCCGUCCUGGAGAGCGGCCAGUCGGCCAGGGACCUCCGGCUGAGCUCGCACACCCUGUUCGUGGUGGUCGUCCACUGCCUGUCCCCGCCGCGGGAGGUGUUCCUGGUGCGGUCGCAGCUGACGGCGUUCCUGCGCCGGGCCGGGCCGGCCGGGGAGCCGCAGACCGCGCCGCUCAGCCUGCCGCAGCUCCGCCAGCUGGUGGCCGCACAAGAGAUGGCGCUAGUGAGCGGCCGCCAGGCGGCGCUGGAGUCUGCCACCGCCUGUCUGCGCCGUCUGCUGGCCCCUGCGCCGGCCGCGUGUGGCGACUGCGGGGGAACGAAACCGGCGACCGCGGACUGGCGCAGGCAGGUGGCUGCUUCUGGGGAGGACCGGUCCGGUGGGUGGACUGACUGACUGAUUGGGAGGGAUGGGAUGUGGACUGAGGCGGACGGGACGGCAGGGGGACUGGGAUGUGGACUGAGGCGGACUGGACGGCAGGGGGACUGGGAUGUGGACUGAGGCGGACUGGACGGCAGGGGGACUGGGAUGUGGACUGAGGCGGCAGGGGGACUGCAGGGGGGCUGGGAUGUGGACUGAGGCGGACUGGACGGCAAGGCUACGAUGUGAUCUGAGGCGGAUUGAGCUCACCCAAACGUGACAGUGUUGAAUGAAUCAAAAGCUGCUAGAGCAUUUGCGGCAGCUCUCUGGCCCCUGAACAUUUAGGAGACAACUGUCUCUCUUUUUUUUCGUUUUUUUUUUUAGGAAGGAAGCAGCUAGUCACCAGGAAUUCAUUUUCUGGUUAUCGUUUUUGCAGUAUCGAUGCUGUAUUUCUGAUCAGUCCUUGCUAGGUCAAUACAGCAGAAAUUCUGGGCAUUUUACUCACCUGGGAUACUGUGCGAUGUCGCUAAAGUACAAAUUACGGAGUCUUACAGUUGUGCCAGCUGAGUGAAUAGUUUACGUACAAAAAAGUUUGUCCGUGUUUUUGCGGUUUGCAGGCCAGGUGCGGUUCUUGCAUGGCUCGUAUUGCAAAUAGGACGCUUGCUUUGGCUGCAUUUUGCGAGCCUUCACUGUAACAUAAGGGUGGCGGGUGCUUUCGUAUGCGACGCGUUCGGCGUGAUAUCGUUGCAUCUCAACAAACCAUUUGACCCCGCCCCGGAGGUCACGUGACGUAGUUCAGUAACCCGGCGUCUGCUCAAUGCCGUUACAAAGGCUAUACCCCGAUCUACAUCUACAUCUACAUCAAUGCGUGUUACGUGGCGUUUUUCGUAAUUUUGUUCCCAGGUCAAUUCGGUAGGGCGUGGCAUGGUUAUGGAUUUGUACGCCGGAGUGAACUCAGGAACACGCGUUGUUGCUCAUUUUUGUGUCGUUGCUAUCCAUUGUGAUCCUAUGAAGACAUUGGUAGUUCUCGAUUGCCACCAUCGCUGCGAGCUGCGUGUGCCACCACCGGAUUAACCCGGUGCCUACUUACUUCGAACAAUUUUGAUUUGUGUUGCUCAUUCGAGCUUUGUAAAGCAAUGCCUUUGUCCAAAUGCGUGGCGCUUGGUAUGCACAGUGCAUACCUACUGCAGUGUUAGCAGCUGCACAGUGCACAUUGGUUUGAGAGUGGUUGAGUUGUUUACGGUUAUACAGCGUUGGUUAUACUCUAGCCAGGAUUACAUUGAUGAAAAUACAUUUUUGAACUUAAGUA